CCCGCGCGCGCGCUUCUCUCCGGCGCGGGCACCGGCGUGGGUCAUGGCUCCAUCCUCUCUGUUAUCCUCGUGGGCUGUGCGGUUGCUGCGCCCCGCGCACGGCUGCCACCUCCGCCUGCAACCCUUCCACCUGGCGGCAGUGCGAAAUGAAGCUGUCGUCAUUUCUGGAAGGAAACUGGCUCAGCAGAUCAAGCAAGAAGUGAGGCAGGAGGUGGAGGAGUGGGUGGCCUCGGGUAACAAGCGGCCACACCUCAGUGUCAUUCUGGUUGGUGACAAUCCCGCCAGUCACUCCUAUGUCCUCAACAAGACCAGGGCGGCAGCUGAAGUGGGAAUCAACAGUGAGACAAUUGUGAAGCCAGCCUCCAUUUCAGAGGAAGAGCUGUUGAAUUCAAUCAGGACAUUGAACAAUGACGAAAACGUAGACGGCCUUCUUGUCCAGCUGCCACUCCCAGAGCAUAUUGAUGAGAGAAAGAUCUGCAACGCCGUCUCUCCUGACAAGGAUGUUGAUGGCUUUCAUGUCAUUAACGUUGGGCGAAUGUGUCUGGACCAGUAUUCCAUGCUACCAGCGACCCCGUGGGGCGUGUGGGAGAUAAUUAAGCGAACUGGCAUUCCAACUUUAGGGAAGAACGUGGUUGUAGCUGGCAGGUCAAAAAACGUUGGAAUGCCGAUUGCAAUGUUGCUGCAUACUGAUGGAGCCCAUGAACGGCCUGGAGGUGAUGCCACAGUUACAAUAUCUCACCGACACACUCCCAAAGAGCAACUGAAGAAGCACACAAUCCUUGCGGACAUUGUGAUCUCUGCUGCCGGCAUUCCAAAUCUGAUCACAGCCGACAUGAUCAAGGAAGGGGCAACUGUCAUCGACGUGGGCAUAAACAGAGUUCAAGAUCCUGUCACUGCAAAGCCCAAGUUGGUUGGAGAUGUAGAUUUUGAAGGAGUCAAGAAGAAAGCCGGUUACAUCACUCCUGUCCCUGGAGGUGUUGGUCCCAUGACGGUGGCCAUGCUGAUGAAGAAUACCAUUAUUGCUGCGAAGAAAGUGCUGAGGCCUGAAGAGCUGGAGCUGCUCAAGGCCAAGCAGCGUGGAGUUGCCACCAACUAGCAGGACUCCAUGCCAGUCGGAGAGGCAGAGUGGGCCAAGAGGAAUGCAGUAUUUUUAAUUUAUUCUGUUGAAGUGGUUUAAUAUGAUGUUUGUAUUUAUUGAAAGCUUAAACGGGUGGACGUGUGUGCGCAUGGCUCUGCAGAACCUCACCGGGGUGCCCAUCCGCGUCCUGCCUUUGACCUGGUGAUGCAGGGGAGACAUCCUCACACUGAGAGUGAAUGCUGAACUUCAUCACAAACCCUGCCUUGUUAGGUUCUCAUUUCCCAAGUGCUAUUCCAAUUCAAGUUGAUGGCUCAUCUGAGGUUCCAAGCCUUCUGAGUUCAACUUUCAAACCAAAGGAAAACGUACUAGAGCGAAUCAGGGGGAAGGAAGAAACGGCAGCACCGACUCCGAGUGGAGGAUGGCCCCUUGCUUUCUGUGCAUGCCAGACUGACCAGGUUUCUCUGAAGAGGGCUCAGUUGACUGGGCUGGUAGAGGAAAGCCCAGCAUUGCUAGCUGUCCUGUGUGGCUGAGUCACCGGGGAAGGUUUAGGAUUUCCCCCACUUGCUGUUACCCUUCUGUGAGCUUGCCCUAUUUCAGUUUUCUAGAAUUGAGAAAGAUCAUUUCAUAAAUGACUUGUGUGAUUGUCAUGUUCGGCUUCUGCAGCACAUUUAAACUUUAAAUUUCAGACUGUUGGAGAGUAGGUGUCUAUUUUUUUUGGCCUAAGCUUUGAGGCCAGUUUUUUGAAAAACAAAAUUUGGGCAUGAUAAUCAUAAGAGCAGGUUGUGUAAAACCUACUACUUGCCACCAAAGAAAUGACGGCAGCUGCCUGUGUCUUUCACGUACCCUGUUGGCUUUCCUGAAGGUACCAAGGAGCUUGAGUUAAUAUAAGAUUUGAUCAGAUUUUCUUAUUAAAGGGUUCUGUUGCUGUUGUUGGGUUCUUUUGUCUUGUUUUUAAAUAAAACACAUCUGUCUGGUGUGGAAUGAGUUUCU